ACCCGUUUUUGGUUUCCCAAACCAACUCCGGCCCGGGCCUCAGUCCGCGGUCUCGAGUUUGACAGCGGGCUGUUAGAGACGAAAGAACGCCGGCUUGACGCUGCCAAGCAGCCCCUGCGCCCCAACCACCAUCAUGGGAGACAGCAGAGAUUCUCGCAGUCCAGACAGCUCGUCUGUGUCUUCCCCUCCCUCGGGCCAGCGCUCCCCRCCGCUGGUUCCCUCUGCAGCUUCCAUGACUUCACUGCCACCCAUCACCACCACAGGGGUCAACAGCCCCAUCAGUAGCAUUGGUUCACCCUUUUCUGUUAUUAGCUCAUCACUGGACUCACCCUGCCUUCCUGGCACRCCGUCAGUGGGAUAUGGCCCAAUUAGCAGCCCCCAGAUCAACUCAACAGUGACCAUGUCAGGGCUCCAUGCAGUGAGCAGCUCCGAUGAUGUGAAACCUCCUCUUGGCUUGAAGCAGCUGUCUUCCCACAGCCCAGGGCCGAUGCUUUCCCAGAAACGCCUUUGUUCCAUCUGUGGAGACAGAUCCUCUGGUAAGCACUAUGGCGUCUACAGCUGCGAGGGCUGUAAGGGCUUCUUCAAGAGAACAGUGCGAAAAGACCUAACCUACACCUGUCGGGACAAUAAAGACUGCAUAGUUGAUAAAAGACAGAGGAACCGCUGCCAGUACUGCCGCUACCAGAAAUGCCUGGCAAUGGGAAUGAAGAGAGAAGUGGCCAAGAUGAACGACAGAUCUGUCCAGGAGGAGCGGCAGAGAAACAAGGAGCGCGAAGGCGAGGUGGAGUCGACCAGCGCAGUGAACGAGGAGAUGCCGGUGGAGAAGAUUUUGGAAGCUGAGAUGGCCGUAGAGCAGAAGACRGAGCUUCAUGCAGAUGGAAGUUCAGGCGGCAGCUCUCCCAAYGAUCCGGUCACCAACAUCUGUCAGGCAGCAGACAAGCAGCUCUUCACUCUGGUGGAGUGGGCCAAGAGGAUCCCUCACUUCUCUGAGCUUCCUCUGGAUGACCAGGUCAUCCUGCUGCGCGCAGGCUGGAACGAGCUGCUGAUUGCGUCCUUCUCCCAUCGCUCCAUCUCGGUGAAGGACGGCAUUUUGCUGGCCACUGGCCUCCACGUCCACAGGAACAGCGCCCACAGCGCAGGGGUCGGAGCCAUAUUCGACAGGGCGAACAAUGCUGAGGUUGGGGCCCUAUUUGACAGGGUUCUGACAGAGCUUGUAAGCAAAAUGAGAGAUAUGCAGAUGGACAAGACAGAGCUGGGCUGCCUUCGAGCUAUCAUUCUCUUUAACCCAGAUGCCAAGGGUUUGUCCAACUCCAGUGAGGUGGAGCUUCUGCGAGAGAGAGUUUAUGCGUCUCUUGAAUCGUACUGCAAACAGAAAUACCCUGACCAGCAGGGCAGGUUUGCCAAGCUCCUCCUCCGACUCCCAGCACUGCGCUCCAUCGGUCUGAAGUGCCUGGAGCAUCUAUUCUUCUUUAAACUGAUCGGUGACACGCCCAUUGACACCUUUCUGAUGGAGAUGCUCGAGGCGCCUCACCAGCUGACUUAAGGGAGCAGCGUUCAGACCGGUCAGGAUCCGACGCACACCAGGAUUACCAACACGGCCUCCAGCCUCUGCUCGCUGGCUCCCCCUGCUGGGCCGCGCUAAACUGCAGCACCCGCUGGUUUAAUUCUGCCAGCUCUUACACCCAAACACACACGCGUUUCCCAUCACCAUACGCUUCAUUAUGUGUUCACGGACAUACAGUCACACACACCUGCAGCUCUCCAAAACUGGAUACCUGAACUGAAAACAAUCUAACAAAUACACAGAAAGAGCUUGAAGUUAAUAAUUGCUAAUGCUCACACAAACACACACGCAUGGAUUUUUACUAUUGUUUCCCAUCCUCAGUUUUCUUCUACAGGAGUGUCGACUUGAGAAAUGAUCCCACACAUACAAGAAAAAAUAUCUUAAUUUAAAUUAGACGUUAGUUUUCACAUCUUCAUCUCACAGUGGGAUUUUGCUUCUGCAUAACUGGUGAUUUUCUUUUCUUUUCACUUUGGUUACUUACAGUUGCUGCUCGCUGCACCUCUGUCUCUUACAUUCAUAACUAGCUGGUUAGUUAUUUGUAUGAUUUUAGCUGAAGAUCAGGUGCAAAGCAUUUGAAUCAACUGUCCAGCGUCGAAACAAAAAACCUCCUUUUAAGGACUUGAAAACACAUCAUCAAAGCGAUUUUAUUCAAUCGGGUAAACAUAGAAAUAUUGGGGUUUUUUUAAAUAGUCAUGCUGAAACUURUUUGAGUUUCUAUUUUGAAGUACUGUACUCAUGAAAUGAGCGCUUUUUAAGGCAUUGAAAUCCAGGAAAAGGGGGCUGGAUGUGCUUUGUUUAACAAGCGAAGCCCCUCCAACCCUGAUGCGCACAGCGGGCUUUGUAAGAAAAGAAGAAUGACUUGAAUAAUUUGUUUCUUUUAUUUUUAAGUUGAGAUUUUAUCUCUACUCCGCCAGAUGUUUGGCAUUUUAAGAYGCUUGAAGCCUACAGGAAGUAAAGCUUCAYGCAAAGAUAAAAGUAUUGUUUUCUCUUUUAUCUUCUGUUCCCCAAACCAGUCCCCCUUUUCUUCUCUUUUCUUCUUUUCUUCUCUUCUCUUUUCUGGUGGUCAUUUAUGCACUUUUGUGAGUUGUAACUGUGUAAAUGUUCCUGUUCCCUAAAAAUGACCAUCUCUUCCCAAACACCUAAGAUGAACUUGAAGGUACUAAGUGUAGGGUUUUCUCAUUAUUGCAUACUGAUAUGUUUAACCCGGUGAAUGAUUGCUGAGUUUCGGUGCAGAUGUUAGUGAAGCAGUCUUGCGGUUAAACAUUUUGUCCGGCAAUCAUGAUGWGAGUCUCUCCUAACGACCAGCACAGAUUUUAUCCAGUGGCCACGAAAGAGGAAAUCAUUCUCUGUGCCCUGAAAGUAAUCAUGUGGAUAAUUGGACAGCUUGUAUCAGAGUGUGUGGCCUUCUGGUCAGCAAGUCAUCGAGGAAAUAAAUGUGUCUGACAUUUGACUGUUGAAGUGACCUUGGACUGCACACUUAGGAUGUUUGAAUUGAAUUGAUGUGACUCCACUCUACUCUGUUCUUAUGUGGAAACAAGGUGCUGAAAUCUUUGCAACUAAGCAUCAGUAGAGUUGGGAAAUGAUAUUAGAAGCUGGAAUGAUGUGACAGUGGAAAAAGUUGAUUUAAUCUCACCUGAUCUCAUCGACUGCGGCGCGUCUGCAGAUCCAACGGUUUAAAUGUGGUCCACAAACAAUGAAUGAAUUACAGAGGAUCUCUUGAGUCGUGUUGCAAUAAUGUAAUCCCUUUCUGCUCCACAGUAUAAUGGAAAUCCUACACCUACUACCGGUGGAUUUGGACGUUUUGCUGUGUGUUGGCUUGAAUCUUUUUGUACCAUAGCUGUAAAUAAUACCAAAAAAA